AAUAUUUUUGAUUUUGUGCAAGUACCUCUCAUGGUUUUGGCGCCAUGAUAUGAAAUGAAAUGACUCAAUCUCUCUUACAACUCCUCAACAAAACCCAGUCUCUUUUAUCUCUGAAAUCAAUUCAUUCUCGUCUUCUAGUAGAAGGGUCAAUAGCUUCGUCGGACCUUAUCGUCAACAAGCUCCUAAGGCUGUACUCUCGUUUUAAUGCCGCUGAUUACGCUCGCAAGAUAUUCGAUGAAAUUCCGAAACCAAAUGCAUUUAUUUGGACAGCUUUAAUUCAUGGUUGCGUGGACAAUCGUCAGUACUCAGAAGCUCUUUCUUUGUUUGGCCGAAUGCUUGGAGAGUCGGUAGCGCCACUAAAUUUUACUAUCGCAUCUGUUCUCAAGGCUUUAGCUCGUGAAAAGAGUGUGAGAGAUGGAGAAACAGUGUAUGGGGUUGUGUUGAAAUAUGGCUUUGAUAGCGACGUAAUUGUGCAAAAUGCAGUGCUUGACUUGUUCAUGAGAUGCGGCGAAGUUGAGGUUGCGGGAAGAGUAUUUUCUGAGAUUGGAGCAAAGGAUGCCGUUUCUUGGAAUUGUAUUAUUUCUGGAUAUGCGAACAAUGGGAGGGUUGAAUUUGCACGCAAGCUUUUUGAUGAGAUGCCAGAGAAGAAUGUGAUUUCAUGGACGAGCAUGAUAUGUGGAUAUAUUAAAGAUGGUAACAUGGUGGAGGCAGGCAUUCUUUUUGAAAGAAUGCCCACCAAAGACUUGGCCUCAUGGAAGGUGAUGGUUUCUGGUUACAUGGAUGCUGGUGAUGUCGUUGCUGCUUCCCAGGUUUUUGACUCAAUGCCUACUCAUGACGUUGGGACUUGGAAUUUGAUGAUCUCAGGAUUUUCCAGAGUGGGGGACAUUGAAGCUGCAAAAGAAUAUUUUAGUAAAAUGCCUACCAGAAAUGUUGCAUCUUGGACCAUAAUGAUAGAUGGCUAUAUGAAAGUUGGAGAUGUUAACAGCGCAAGGUCUUUAUUCAAUCAGAUGCCUGAGAGGAAUCUGGUUUCUUGGUCUAUUAUGAUUGAAGGUUAUGCCAGAAAUGGGCAGGCCCAUGGUGCUUUGGAAUUGUGCAAACACUUCAAGGAGGCAAACAUAAAACCGGAUGAAACUUUCAUACUGGCAGUCAUCUCAGCUUGCUCGCAGUUAGGGAUUAUAGAUGCAGCUGAAUCAGUUUUUUCAGAUAUUUCGGGACCUACCACUCUUUCUAACCUUAGGCUAGUCACCAGUUUGAUAGACAUGUACGGAAAAUGUGGAAGCAUUGAAAGGGCUGUUCAAGUGUUCAAGAUGGCUUCUAAAAAGGAUUUACUUUGUUACAGCACCAUGAUUGCAGCCUUUGCAAACCAUGGAUUAAGUCAAGAUGCCAUAACUUUGUUUCAGGAGAUGCAAAGAGAAAACAUAAAACCCGAUGGAAUAACUUUUCUUGGGGUUUUGAGUGCAUGCAACCAUGGGGGCCUUGUUGAUGAUGGCCUGAAGUACUUUCAGCAAAUGAUAAAUGAAUAUUGUGUGCAACCCUCGGAAAAACACUAUGCAUGUGUUGUUGACCUUCUUGGUCGAUCUGGAUGCCUUCAGGAGGCAUAUAAUUUUAUAUGCAACAUGCCCAUAGUGCCCAAUGCAAUUAUCUGGGGUGCUUUGCUUGCAGCCUGCAGGAUCCAUCGCAAUGUUCAAUUGGCUGAAGUUGCGGCGGCUGAAUUAUUUAAGAUUGAGCCCGAUAAUUCUGGUAAUUAUAUUCUUUUAUCCAAUACUUAUGCUGCUGCUUGUAGGUGGGAUGGAGUUGCUAAAGUUAGAGCAAUGAUUAGGAAGCAUCAUGUUAGAAAGAAUCGAGGUUCCAGUUGGAUAGAAUUAGAAUGUAUGGUCCAUGAGUUUGUUAUGGGAGAUACUUCACAUGUUAGUUUGGAAAGCAUAUACUUUAUACUAGAUUUGCUCAGUGAAGAUAUGAAGCUUCAGGACUAUGCAGUGAACAAAAGAAGCAAAGAAGUGUCACCUCUUCAUACUUCAUGGCCUUCUGAUGUUUUGCCAAAUAACAUCAUGGAGAUGGAUUUUGAAAAUGAAAUGUACAAAGAAAGUGAAUCUUCUGGCAAGAUUUUUUCCUGAUUAAUAUGAAAAUAUCUUCUUAUUGUGGUAUUUAUACUCUUCCCACCAAUGCAUCUGCAUUUAUACUGCCUCUAGGAUGCUUCUUAAUCCUAACUGGUGGAAUAAUGGAAGGUUCCUGAGCCCUUGGUACAAUUCUCAAGUUGUCAAAAUUUGCAGUUAAAGAAAUCACCCCG